AUGCCCCAGCUGCGGCACGAGUGCCAACUGGGCGUGCCGCAUCGUAUGCCGCUGCGGCAAGCAAGGAAGGCGGCAGAGCAGAAGGCCACGGAGUCAGGCAAGAGCGGUGCACCUGCAACUAAGUCGCCCUCCAAGUCUGUGGGAGGGACUGGCCUUCGGUCCACCCUGGCGCCCUGGGCUCCUGAGGCCAAGGAGAUGGCCAAGAUGCAGAAUCAGCUCAGGCAACUCCUUGCCGAGAACAAGAAGCUCAAGAAGGUCAACGGCGGCGAAGCCUCGGACAUGGAGGUCGACCAAGGUGAUGAUGAGGACAACGUGGCGGAGGCCUCGUCGAUCGCGCAGCGCACGGAGCUGCAGGCGAAGAUCACCAAGUACGAGCAGACCAUCAAGAUGCACAAGGACGAUGGUGAGGAUGAGCUGGCGACCAAGCUGCAGGCACAGUCGCUGCGCACGCCUGCCAUGGCCCAUAAGCACUGCACGCAGAAGCUUCAGCGGGUCCAGAAGCAGAUCAGCACAGCGAAGCACGACCUGCAGUCCCUGCAGCAGAAGAUGGAGAAGGUUCAGAAGGAGAUGGACGAGAAGAAGGACUUCCUGGAAAGCAAGCUCGGCGAGGAGCAGGUUCUCACGAAGCAGCUCGCGGGGCACGCGGCGAAGCUCAGCGGGUGCACGGCGGAAGCUGGUGUGGAGGUGCCCCCUGACAUCCUGCGGCUUGACCCCGAGAUCCACCAGCUCAAGUCGGACCCUGACCUGCUGCAGUUCUACAACUCGUUCUCGGCGAACCCCCUCUUCGCCAAUAUGGAGGAGUUGUACAGGCAGAACAUGGCGGCCAAGCUUGCUCAGGAGCUGCACCGUGCCAUGUACCAAGGCAAGAGCGAGGGCGCCGUGUCCGUUAGCCCCGAGCAGCUCGCCGAGAUGGUCGCCGACAUCCAGAACACGAAACAUCGAAAGUUCGACAGCGGAGGGGCAUUGGUGCCGAGCGAGGUGAAUGAGUCCCACUUCGUCGAGACCUACAACGCGAACCAAGGGAAGCAGACGCUUAAAAAGAGGCUAAGCUGCACCAGGUUCCUCAUCGUGCUCGCGCAGGAGAUAGGGUACCACGACUGGGAGUGCGAGGCCCUCAGCUCCUGGUGUGCCACCAACAAGUGGAACGUCAUGGGGGUGCCUGGAGCCCCGACGGCAGGCAAGCUUCCCGCGGCAGGCCUGGCGAUCUUUGCGCGUGAAGGCAUAGGGCUACGAGGGCCGACAUACCCUCCGACGAGCCCCGCAGCACGGAGAUCCACGGUCAACGAGCAGGUAUCCUUUGGAAGCGAGCUGGUGCCUCAUCGCGCCCAGCAUGCAGUGGUGGAAGUGCCUGGAUGGCCACCCAUCAAUAUCUUCAACAUAUACCUGCACACGGGCGAGGGAAUGUCCCUGCAGAAUGCCAAGAUCCUCGUGAACGUGGGCCUGGCGAUGGCAGGGCAGACGUAUCCCUCCAUCAUAGGCGGUGACUGGAAUAUGACGGCGGCUGAGAUUGAGGCAUCUUCGUUUACGGUGCAUGCCCAGGUAUCACUGCUGGUUCCGAAGUCUAUCACAUGCAGAACGGCGACGGCCAACUCAGUGAUCGACUACUUCGCGCGGACCUCAGGUGCCAUGCGGCUCAUCAAAGCCAUACAAGUGGACAUGGGAUGGGCAAUCAAGCCGCAUCGGCCAGUGGUCAUGGAGCUUGCGACGAUGUGCAAGCGAAUGAUGUACCUCACCUACGUCGGCGGGGCCAAGAUUGAGGUGAACAAGCAGGAGGGGCCCAUGCUGCAGGACAUGCACGACUGGGAGCUCGAGAGGACGUGCGCCGAGGGUGCCGUGGAGAUGGCCGUAUCUGGUUCAGUGGGAGCUGCAUGGCGUCUCUUGUCCUCCGCGUGGGCUCGUUUUGCUGCGCAGGCGGCGACCAGGCUUGGGCAUCUCACAGGCACCCCAGUCCAGGCGUUCUCAUACGGCGGAUACCUGAGGCCAAAGUGGGUCUCCUAUAUGUAUGAAGGGUCGGACCCAGAGGGCAUCCAGGCUGUUGCUGACGGGUGGAAAUGGUACGAGGAUGCGCUGUCUGUCAUAGCGAAGCUCCUGGCCAACCGGCCCGCGAUCAAAGGCAACAUGCUGCAAGACGAGAUCCACGGCUUCGUCACCACCGACUACGCAGGGCAAGGCGUCAGUCAGCGGCUGGAUGCAGUGGUUGCCCAUGCGCGGAGAGCACUAGCGGCGCCAAACACAUCAGCGCAGGACAUCAUCAACAUGAUCGAGGAGGCGGCUGAGGACAUCGGCAUGGCUAAGCAAGCAGCGGACCGUGACAGUGCUUAG